UAAACCAAUUUAAUAACUAUUUUAUCCUUUCUAAAAUUUUUUUCCUGUUUCGUUCUUUAUGUAAUAUAAUUGUUCUCAUUUUGAAUCAAUUUGUUUCAGUCGUGGUGUUUUGGUUUUGUUCUUCGGGAAAUAUGUGUAUAAUAUGUAUAUAUAUGUAUGUAUGUGUGUGUAAUGCAUGUUGAUUGACAUGAGCCAGCAAAGACUUGAUUGGUUUUCUUGUUAUACGUAUAAUAAUAAUAUCAUAAUUACAUAUAGACGGAUACAUCGUUUUCACGUUCCAGUCUUAAUUAAAAGUUAAUUAAGAUUGAGGGGCUUGGAAUUAAUAUUGGGGUUUGUUGUGAUCAAGAGGAGGUAAGAGAGAGACUGAGAAUGUUUCUGCAUGGCAUUUUGUUUGUAGGGUGAGGUUGAGGAGGAGGGAAAUCGUCGUUUUCUGCAACUGGCGUCGUCGUUUCGUCUUUUGGUUAUUGAAUUUUGAAGAUUAAUCAGAUUGGUUUCUCAGCCUUCGAUGAAAUUAUGAGAAAUAAAAUACUCGCAUUAGAUGGUGAUUUGAUAGGCAAUGGAAAUGAGAAUAGGCGGUCGUGCGGCCAUUGUUUUCUCCAUUUUGUUAAUUUGUGCGAUGGCCAUGGGAGAUCCAGAAGCCAAGAUUAGCGACCCACCGGAAAAUUUCGCCCGCGAUGAUGAAGAAACGGCAGAGCAAGCAUGGACACACUGUAGGAAAGAAUUGGUAGACAAAAAAGAUGAUCUCAAUGAUUUUCACUUGCACAUCUCCAAGGAAGCAAUCAAGCACUCAAAAUCAAUAUUAUUGACAAAAGAAAACAUUCAGAAGGCAAGUUUUAUGCCUUCACACUUGAAACAGAGACUUCUGGAUUGCUCAAGAAGAAAAAGUCAUUCCUUUCGUUUUUCUGGGGAAGAGACUACCUUGAAAUUUUGGUUUGUCAGACACCUAGAGUGGUUCUUUGCUUGGCCAAGUCAUCCUCGAAGAAAUUUGGCUACCUACUUAGACUCACAUAUGGCACAAGGCCCUAUUUCAGUUCCAACUCCAGCACCAGCCCCUAGUUAUGGUUCUGCUCCAGCUACAGGCUCAGCACCAUCCCCUUCUUAUGGUGCUGCUCCUACUUUAUCCCCAGCACCAGCCCCUAGUUAUGGUUCUACUCCAACUUUAUCCCCAGAACCAGGCCCUAGUUAUGGUCCUGCUCCAACUUUAUCCCCAGAACCAGCUACUGGUUAUCAUUUUGCUCCAGCUUUAGCCCCUGGAGCAGCCUCUAGUUAUGGUUCUGCUCCAGCUCUAUCCCCAGCACCAGCUCCUAGUUAUGGCUUACGCUGCAAGCACUUCAUCUCCAAAUUCUAUUUUCCAGUCAAGGCAUCAGAACUAGCAAGUAGAUUUGCGUCUCCUCCACCACCUAAAAAUUCUAAAAGAUCUCCACCUCGUCCAAAAGCUAGCAAGCAUCCUCCGUCAAAAAAACAGAAUGACAUCUUGAAAGAAACUAUAAUUGCUGUUGUUGCAACUGCAAUAGGAACAUUUGCUAUGGUUGCUUUGCUUUUCUUUUGUUGCUUUCGCGGUAAAAGAAACAAAAUUGGCCCUAGAGAUGGACGAAGGGACGAAAGUCCUCUUCUCCAUUUAAGCUUAAGUGAUUUUUCGGCAGGUUCAUCACAGAAUUCAAUUAGCUUAGGAACUUCAAGCAGCAAAGCUUUCAAAAAUGGCGGGAAAAAUCCUUCUAUUCGUAGCAAUUUUUCCAUGAAAUCAGGAAAUUAUGAUUCCUCACUGGCUGAGACACAGUCAGAAGCUUCUAUGGACCAAGGAGCAGGCCCUACCUUAAAACCUCCCCCUGGAAGAUCAGUUCCCCCACCUCCUGGACCACCACCCCCUCCAAAGCCUCCAGGCCCUCGGCCCCCACCACCACCUAAAGGUGCUCGGCCUCCGCCUAUGCCACCAAAAGGAGUUCGAGGUGGUGCUCCACAUCAUCGGGGACAUAGCAUUUCCAGUGAUGCGGAUGAAUCUGAUAGUGAAUCUGGAGCUCCCAAGGCCAAACUAAAGCCAUUUUUCUGGGAUAAAGUUAUGGCCAACCCUGAUCAGUCCAUGGUUUGGCAUGAAAUUAAAGCUGGUUCAUUCCAGUUCAAUGAGGAGAUGAUGGAGUCUCUAUUUGGUUAUACUGUUGCCGAAGACAAAAGAACUGAUAGAAGAAAAGAUUCAUCCCUUGAAUCUUCAGUCCAGUAUAUACAGAUAAUUGAUCCUAGGAAAGCUCAAAACUUGUCUAUUCUUCUCCGGGCACUGAAUGUGACAAUAGAAGAAGUUGUUGAUGCAGUCCAAGAAGGCAAUGAGCUUCCGUUGGAGCUCCUUCAAACUUUGUUGAAGAUGGCACCAACAUCAGAAGAGGAACUGAAGCUUAGAUUAUUUCCUGGCAAUGUUGCUCAGCUUGGCCCAGCAGAGAGGUUUCUCAAAGUCCUGGUUGAAAUUCCAUGUGCUUUUAAACGGAUAGAAUCAUUGCUAUUCAUGAGUUCUCUUCAAGAAGAUAUCAGUACUCUUAAGGAGUCCUUUGCAACGCUUGAGGUUGCUUCCAACAAACUCAGAAGUAGUAGAUUAUUCCUGAAACUCUUAGAAGCAGUAUUGAAGACUGGCAAUCGCAUGAAUGAUGGUACUUACCGCGGUGGUGCUCAGGCCUUCAAACUUGACACACUCUUGAAACUGUCUGAUGUGAAAGGAACGGAUGGCAAGACCACUCUCUUGCACUUUGUUGUUCAGGAGAUAAUCCGUUCUGAAGGAAUACGAGCUGCUAGGACAGCCAAAUCAAGCCGGAGCUUCUCCAGUGUGAAAACAGAUGAUCUUGUGGUGGAUGAUCCUAGCUCUGAAUCAGCAGAGCACCUCCGCUCACUGGGGCUUCAGGUCGUUUCUGGUUUAAGCACUGAACUUAUUGAUAUUAAAAAAGCAGCAAUUAUCGAUUUGGAUACCCUGACAUCUACCAUGUCAAAAGUAAGCAAUUCACUGGAAAAAACAAAAGAUUUCUUGGACAGCGAAAUGAAAAAUACGGAUGAGGGUGGUGAAUUUUACCGUGCAUUGGCUAGCUUUGUUGAACGGACAGAAGCCGAUUACUCAUGGUUAUUGGAGGAAGAAAAGAGGAUAAUGGCUUUGGUCAAGAGCACAGGCGAUUACUUUCAUGGAAAUUCAGGAAAGGAUGAAGGCCUGAGAUUGUUUGCAAUUGUCCGGGAUUUCUUAAUAAUGGUUGAUAAGGCAUGUAAAGAAAUCCAAGACACAAGGACCAAGCCUCGGAAGACUUAUAAGAGAGAAGCAGCAAAAGCGUCAGCUUCUUCAGAAAACCGGCAGCAGGAUAUCAGAAAAAGGUUAUUUCCAGCAAUAGCAGACCGACAAAGGAAUAGUGAUAGUUCAGAUGAUGACAGUUCCUCUCCGUAGCCUUCAUUUUUACAAGGUGGCUUGAAAACCUUGGAGGGAUGAUGAUAGUUGUGUUAAGCUUUUUUCAGUCAUACCUCAUUGUCAAGAUUUUCUUUGCCUUUUCCGUUUUUGGCCUUUUUCUGUUUGUAAUCUCGGGGAAGUUUCUUGGUGAGGGUUGGCUGAGGAGGUGAAAGCUAUCUUUUAGAAUUCUUUACACUAACACCUUGAUUAA